GCCAAAAAUUCGAGAACAUACACAAAAGCAAAGUAAAGACCAAGACAUAAAAAAAUAAGGUGGUUAUCCUUUUCGAACCGAAACUCCAAAAAAAGAUCGAAAGAUGCUGCGACCCCGCUGCCUGGUGUCCUUCCUGGGACUCUGCCUGGUAAUCGGCCUAGGAAUGCGCUGCGAUGCAAGAGCCGUAAACGUGAGCAACACCUGGACGAUGCCGCAGGAGGGCCUCAAUGUCUUCUAUCGCUUCUUCCGCGAUCGCAUUUCCUGGUUCGAGGCCGAUGCCGUCUGCCAGUUUCAUCAUGCCAAUCUAGUGACGGUCGACAACAGUUUUCAAUUCGAUGCAACGCGCGACCUGCUGAGGGAAUUGGAUGUGAACGACAUCGUUUGGAUUGGUCUCAUGCGACCGCAGAACUCGGAUCGUUUUAUGUGGUCGAACUCUCGUCCUUUGGUGGCCGACACUGGAUACUGGGCCGAAUCCCUGCCCUUGAUGGAUGCUCCGCUCUGCGCCGUCAUCGAUCCCAUCCGUGAUUACCGCUGGCACGCCCUUCGUUGCGGCGGACCGGAAACGGCCUCCUUCCUCUGCGAAAUGCCAGUUCCGAGCUGGGCAGAUGCCUGCAUACUGAAGGACAUGCCCAAUUUGACCAUGCAGUACAUGGCGGACACGGCCAGCAUCGAGCUCAUCCGCAAUUGCCAGGAGGAGGGACUCCUGCGACACACCUGCAAGGGCAAGGAGGAUCGUGAGCGAGCCAUCCGCCAGCUGAUCUGCCCUAAGGAGCGCUUGGAGGCGCAGCGCAUCAACGACAUCACCAACUCGCACUUCAAGUCGCUGCAGAUAAUCAACAACAUUCGCACCGACAACAAGGAGAACAACGACAUCGAUCUGCUGCCCAACUACGGACGUCGCUCCGGGAUGGCCAUUAAUAUCGAGGUGGCACCGCCAGUGGCGCCCGUUUCCGUUUCGGUUCCCGGCCUGGGUGAGCUAAUGCAGGCAGAUGCACCGGGCUCCGUGUCGCUAUCGGGUUUGUAUCGCAUUCCCGACCUGGUUCCCAAGCCGGUGAAGAAGGCGGCCAAGAAGGUGAUCACGCCGGACUUUGCCAAGAAGCUGCAGGGCAGCCACCAGCAGCAGCAGCAGCACAGCCAGCAGCAGCAGCAGCAACAGAAGUCGCGCAAGUCGCUGGUCCAUCAGCACGAGGAGGAGCUGAUGAUGGGCGACCAGCCGGCACUCAGCGAGGAGCAACUGCCGCAGGGAAUGGGCAUGGGCAUGGGCAUGCCAAUGCCACUCAACGAGGAUGACAUUAGCAACAGCGAAGCCUCCAAUGAGAUAUUCGAACACUUGCCGCACAAGAAGAAGAUCCUGCCGCAGGAUUUGCGCACCAUGUCGCCAAUUGCUGAGGCAACGACAACUACAACAUUGAAGACGACAACCCUGGCGGCACCGGCAACAGCAACAUCCCCGAGACCAACAACAACUACAGCUGCAACUACGGCAACAACCGAAGGACCACCGACCACACCAAAAGCCGUGGACACCACAAGUUCGCAGGCGCCAGCAACAACGAGCAGGCCGGAAACAACCAUUAGAACCACCACCAUAACAACGACCACCACAACAACAACAACAACCCCCCGGCCGGAGGAGGAAACAACAACAACCACCAGGAAGCCGGAGCCAACAACAAUGGUUGCACCACGAACAACAAAAACAGCAGCACCAGCAGCAGUAGUAGCAACUUCAUCGAUGGCCACCACAACAACAACAACAACAAGAGCAGCAGCAACCACACCAGCAACAACAACAACAAUCAGUCAUCCCACCGACAGCAGCAACAGCAACAGCAACAACAACAUGGCCCAUCCCAUUCAUCCCUCGCAGCAGCAGCAACACCACCAGCAACAGUUAUUGCACGAAGGCUCAACACUGCUGCAGCAGCAGCAGCAACAUGCAACGCACGUCAAUGAGUCCGCCGACAAUACGCGCUUUAUACCGCCAAUGCUGCUGGUGAAGUCGCACUAUGUGCCACCGGCGAAACAUGCCAGCGAGCAUGCAACCGCAACAACAACAACCACACUGGCAACAACAACACCGGCCAAAGCGGAAUUGCAGCCAUCAACAGUCACGUCAUCGAAGGAACUGACAGCAGCAACAGCAACAGCAACACCAGCAACACUAGCAACAGCAGCAGCAGACACAGUGGCAACAUCAACCGUGACAGCGACAACAGGUGCAGCUGCAGUGGAGGUGACAACAAGCGUGAAAGUAGCUGAAGACACCGCAGCAACAUCGACAACAACAACGGCAGCAACAGUAAUUGCCAGUGAAGCGCCAGCAGCAGCAACAACUAUUGCUGCAAGACCAACCGCAGCUAAUGAAAUCAAAUCGAAUGCCACAGCAGCAACAUCAACACCAGCAGCAGCUGCAGCAGCUGCAACAGCAACGCCAGCAACUACAACAGCAACAUCAGCAACUACAACAGCAAAAGCAACUAAACGAACAAGAACCACUGAGAGGCCAGUGUACAGAUACCCGAUAAACGAGGGCUCCUUCAAGGUGGAUAACAACGGAAUGGGCAGCGACGAGGUGGAGGACGAGGAGGACGACCUGGGCCACCGACUGGAGACCGAGGCGGCCACAAAGCGACACAACUUCCUGGAGGAAACCGAGGCGCCAUUCAAGCCAAAUCGACGACGCUCGCUAACCAAACCGGAAACGGUUAGCUAUUUCAAGAAGAUCCUGGGCUAAGGACCCCCAGUA